GGAAUAAGAAAUGUUCAUCCUAUGUUUCGAGGAUACCAUCAGCAUGACACCCAAGAAUUUUUACGUUGCUUUAUGGACCAGCUGCAUGAAGAAUUGAAAGAAGCUUUGCCUGCAGCAAGGGACUUAUCUUCUGUACAACAAGACCACGCGGAUAAAAUUGAUGAACAUGAAAUCAUUUCUGACCGAUCAAGUCCAUGUCCCUCUCUGACACCUAGUCAAUCCGAAGGUGAAUAUGAAACAUGCGACAGUGGAGUCAGUGAAAGAUCUUCUCUUUCGGAAGAAAGCGGACAAAUAGGACAUCAUUCAAGACAAACAUCCAGAUCAAGAAGUCCAAGUCCUACAAUCAUUCCGACUAUUCAACCUGAUAGAGAAAGGCUAAGGUCUAAGUUGACGGUUGUUAAUAGGACUCCUCCGGCUAAUGUAAAUACAGAAUACCUAAAACCACAAUUCAGAUCCAUAAUUUCAGAAGUAUUUGAUGGCAAAUUGUUAUCCUCCGUGCAAUGUCUUACAUGUGAUAGGGUGUCUACAAAGGUCGAAACGUUUCAAGAUCUUUCUUUACCAAUACCUAGUCGAGAUCAUUUAAAUGUGCUGCAUCAGAACCAGAAUACAUCCACUGUGACAUCCGAGUAUGAACCACAAGGCAAUCAGGAAGGUUGGAUUUGGUGGAUAUGGGGCUGGUUUCGAUCAUGGUUCUGGGGGCCUGCUGUUACAUUGCAUGAUUGUUUAGCGGCCUUUUUCUCAGCUGAUGAGUUGAAAGGAGAUAAUAUGUAUAGUUGUGAAAAGUGCAAUAAACUCCGAAACGGUGUUAAAUAUUCUAAAGUUAUGGCUUUACCAGAGAUGCUAUGCAUUCAUUUGAAACGUUUCCGGCACGAACUGAUGUAUAGUUCAAAAAUAUCGAGUCCUGUUAAUUUUCCACUCACUGGACUUGAUAUGAAACCAUAUCUACAUAAAGAUUGUGUUAGUGAAAUCUGCACCUACGACCUGUCCGCCGUCAUCUGUCACCACGGAACCGCCGGAGGAGGCCACUACACCAGCAUGGCCAAGCAUAGCGCCUCUGGUGUCUGGUUCGAGUUCGACGAUCAGUUCGUAACGCAAGUUUCAUCAGAGAAUGUUGCCAGAUGCGAAGCCUACGUACUGUUUUACAGGAAGUCGCCGAGUCCCCGGAUGGCCAAUUUGAGGAAAAUGGCAGCGGAAUUGGUUGAUGUCGAGAGGGCGACGGAUAUGUCUUUCUAUGUGUCUAAGCAAUGGAUUAAUAAAUUUAAUACAUGUGCAGAGCCUGGUCCUAUCGAUAAUUGGUCACUGUUGUGCCAGCAUGGUUGUGUAUCACCAGAAAAAGUCAGCUAUGUACACAAAUUAGCAGUUCCUCUUUCGCAGCCACUCUGGGACUUUUUGUACAAGAACUUUGGCGGCGGGCCCGUUUGCAAUCAGUUAUUUGAAUGCGAGACUUGUAAAGAAUAUUUAGAAUCGUUGAUAAAAAGACAAUAUUAUGAAUUGGAUACGUUCAUGAGCCUUCAUCAUGAAUUUCAGGUGAGCGAAAGUCCAUCAACAAUCUACGCCCUUUCGAUGGCCUGGUUCCGCAAAUGGCAAACAUUUGUUCGUGCUGCUGGAUUCUGCGAAAUUCCUGGUCCCAUAGACAACCAAGUCAUAUGUAAUUCAAAUAAUACUGUCAAGUCAGGAUCGGACUAUGCCCAAUUGAAUCAUGCAUUAUGGAAAUUCUUAUUCGAUAUCUACGGCGGCGGCCCUGAGGUUAUUCUUAGGGCUUAUAUUGACUCACCAGUAACAAGUUCAACUACUUUACAAUUGGAUGAAGACAACGACACCACAAGUACCUCAGAUGUCUCCAUCAACUUACCCCAGACCCUGAAAGAAAGAGUGAAUGCCAGAAUAAACGCUCAAGGAAACCUUCUCAAAACACAAAGUUUACAAAACAUUCCAAGAGUAACAGACUCAAUCCCCGAUUUCAUUGGAGACUAUUCAAACUGCUGCCUAAAAUUAUCCCCCAACAACACAGCGCAGAGUUCCUACAGUGCAUCAGACUUCCACAAACACAUGGACGGUGAACAGAUGAUGAACGGAGAUGUGAGCUCCAACAUUCCUUUACUGACUUCACAAAUGGGGGCGGCAAGACUUUCCGACCAGUGUCUCCAAUCAGCAAACGAGUGCCUUUGCAACAAAAAACAGAAAAAUAACAAAGCCAAAAAUAAUAUAUCAAACGAAUCAGGAGAUCCAAUGACGAACCAUUAACGAUUGCAAAUUGUAAAUA